AUGUCAUCUCCCACCAGAAGCAACAGCAACAAGACAGUGGUGAUUGCCGGAUCAACGGGAUACCUCGGCCGGUUUUUGGUAUCCGAAUACCAUGAGCGAGGCUGGAAGGUCAAGGCAUUGGUCCGAAACAAAUCCAAGGCCAGCGGUACAUUUCCAGAAGGUGUAGAACUCAUUGAAGCACACGUGACAAAACCCGAAACUCUGAAAGGGAUCAUUGAUGAUCGAGUCGAUUUGGUCCUUUCGUCCGUGGGAAUCACUCGACAAAGAGAUGGCUUGACCUAUCGAGAUGUGGACUAUCAAGCCAACAAAAACCUGUUGGAGGAGACUAUUCAAGCCAAAGUUCCUCAAUUUGCCUACAUUCACGUCCUUCAAGGCGAAUCCAUGGCUCAUCUUACCGCAAUUCAAGCAAAGGUUGAUUUUGUCAAGGACCUUGAAAAAGCCGUCCAAGCUGGACAGUUACAACAUUCCACAGUCAUUGCUCCUUGUGGAUUCUUUUCCGAUAUGAAGGACUUUUUGGACAUGGCCAAAAGUGGACGCGCCUAUCUAUUUGGAGAUGGCCGUCAUACUAUCAAUCCAAUCCACGGGGCCGACCUGGCCAAGGCCACUGUUGAUGCAAUCGAUGCUAAGCGCCAGAGACUCGACGUCGGUGGACCCGAUGUCUUUACUCAAACCGAAUUGGCAGAGUUGGCCUUUACAGCACUGCAGAAACCAGCCAAGAUUUCCUAUCUGUGGGAUUCUAUUCGGACUGGAUUGAUUAAACUGCUGCCAUGGUGCUCUCCCUUGACGGUAUGGGGUCCGGCACAAUUCUUCUUGACGGCCAUGGGACAAGACAUGGUGGGUGAAUGUCAUGGACAGCAUCAUUUGAGGGACCACUUUGCGCAGGUGGUGAAAGAGGAACAGGAGCAACAGAAGAAGACGUCUAGCUAG